UUGACUUUCUCACUCUCCUCCCUCCCUCCCUCCAUCCUAUCGCUUCGCUUCCGCAAUCCAGACCCCGAAUCCCAUGGCGUCCUCCGCGUUCAAAUCCACCACGCGCCGGGGCCUCCACCCCGCCGACGACCGCCCGCCGGGCCCCCGGAACCGCAAGGCCACAGCCCCUUGCCCACGCCGCUCCCGCAGCGUCAGCGUCGAGCCGCGCGCCCGCGCACGCGGCCUUGGGGAGUACGCCGCCGGCAACACACGCACCAAUCCUCUCUUCGACGGCGGCGGGGACUCUGCGUGUGCGUCUUCCUCUCCGCCGCCGCAGGUGACGGCGGCGGCUGCUACUGGACGUCGCGGUGGGGAGGCGGCGGCGGGCCGGGAGAGGGGGAGGGAGGUGGCGCGGAAGGGUUCGUGCCCCGCCGGCGGGUCAGGGAGGGCGCGCUCUGUGUCCGUCGCGCCGCGGCGACGGUGCACCGCCUCGUCGCCGUCAAGGGAGAGUGAUGACGGUAGCGGUGGGAGGAGGGCCUCGAGGAAGACGUCGGUGGACGGGGACAUGCAACCAUAUCGGGACCCCGAGGCCAUUCGGCAAAGCAACCAUUCAAAUGUCCCAGUGCAACAAGUUAUUGAAAUUCCUCCUGAGUUUGAUCCAGACUCUGCUGAGUUUAUCUCUGACAUAUGUGAUUACACAACAGAAUUCAUAGAGGAAAUUGUGCACAUUCCUUUUGAGUUUGAUCCAGACAACGCUGAUCUGGCUCCUGACGUAGAACUCCAUUCAACAAAACUGCAACAGGAACAGAUGGAAAUUCCUCUUGAGUUUGAUCCAGACAGUCCUGAGCUGUCUACUGACAUGAUCGAAUAUACAACAAAGCUCAAACAGUCACAUGAACGUGCUCGAAAGCUACGGGCGGAUUUAGCUGUCGAAGAGCAGCGUGAACAAGAGUUGAGUAGAGUACUUAAGGGCAUUGUAACUGCACCAAAUUUUACUGAGGCACAUAAAAGAAGGCCAAGAAGGAAGAGCAGUAUAGAACGACUCAAAGUAUCAAAGCACUUAGCUGAAGAGGCAAUGAAUUAUUUUGAGGAAUGUGUCUCAAUCUCAACAUUGGAUAGCACUGAUCUCUCAUCACUAGAGGACCCUCAAAUAAAUUCAGUUGUGAGUGUCGCACAAAAGAGCAGCAAUACAUUUUUCCACAAAGGUGUAUCAAGCAUUGCAGAUCCCCACUAUCCAACUGAUCGUCAUUGGCAUAAUGAAGAUUCUGACAACCAAAUGCGGUGCUCAAUCAGCUUAACUGGAUCUGAUGCGUCUGGCAGUCAUGCUAUGAUGACCCUCAUUCCAAGAACUGCAUAUAGCUCCAGUGACGAUCUGGAUGGCUUUGACACACCAAAAAGCAGAAGUUGUUGUUUCUCCUUCACUCAUGAGCCAACAAAAACUGUUGAGGGCGAUGACGUUAAACAAUAUUUAAGAAGUUUUGGGAAGGGGAUCUGUAAAGAUCUAAGAGAGAUAAGGUCAACUUAUUGUGAUGAUGACUAUGUAUUUCAGAAAAUGAAUGCAGACUUACUAAUGGAUAGUAUGAAAUUUAAGAACAGGGUAAAUUUUGGGGGUCUCCUUAUUUGUAACACUAGAAGAUUUUGAGAGAGAAAACAUCAAGUAGUGCGCAAUGGUGGAAGGAUUGAUAUUCAUAUUAGCAACGUGCAAUUAGUAGUGCUCUAGAUAUAUUUAUAUGAUUCUCUCUACUAAUUGUGAUUUUUUUGGUCACUGCCUUAAGAUUUUUUUUUAUCAUGUGAUAUGCAUGCUAUUUUUUUACUUGGGAAUAAUUUAUGAAACAUUAGAAGAUCCUGAGAAGAGAAAACAUCAGUAGUGCCGGAAUGGUGGAAAUACUGAUAUUCAUAUUAGCAACGUGCUAUUAGUAGUGCUCUAUUUGUAUACAGCCCUAUGAUUCUCUGUACUAAUUGUGAUUUUUUGG